UCAUUAAAGCUCGCGAUAUCCAAAAUUUGGAUAAAUUUUCAUCAUCAUGCUCUUCGUCCAAAAGUUUAUUUUUGAUGACAGUUAUCUAUUCUGCAUUACAAUUUAAAUUUGUAGAAUUGUGUUCUUACAUUUUUGUUGAAGAUGGCACGAGUUUCUUAGAUCUUAGCAUUUGAAUUGAGUUCUGAGUGCUGUUUGCGAAUCAAUUGUUUCUCACUUUCUAACACUGUAUUUACAAGAUGAGUUUUCCCUGCUGAAGUAAAUUAGAGCAUUGACAUUUCCCUGUUUUUAAGAUGCCGAAAGUCUCAAAAGAAGUUAGCGCUCUUUCAUUCAUGCUUUCCCAGCUAACUUUUCCUGAAACAGAAAUCAAGUAUUCAGAUGUUUCAGCUGCUAUACUUGGUUUGAUGCACAGGGGCUUGGAUUUAUCACCCUUGGCCAGUAAGAUGAUAAAACUUUUAGCUUUGCCUUAUCCGCCUUUCAAGAGAAUUGUCUGUGAUUAUCUUAUAAGAUAUUCAUCAAAAAUAUCCAAUUUAAGUAUGUUAGCCACAAAUUGCUUUUUCAAAGAUUUUGAAGAUCCUAAUCCAUUUGUUCGAAAGCUAGUUAUAAAAACCACAUGCCGUAUACCCUGCUUGCAUGAUCUUGCAUACCAGCUGCUACCCAGUGCUUUAUGCGACUCCAGUUCGUACGUUCGCUGUGCUGCUGCAACUUCUUGUUCAUUAGUAUUGAAUGAAAGCAAUCUUGACUCCAAUCAAAAUACUAUCGAUAAACUGUAUGAAAUGAUUCGGGAUCCAGAACCUAGUGUGGUCUGUUGCAGUCUAACAUCAUUGAACGAAAUAUUACGUUCGGAAGGAGGUAUUGUUAUCAAUUCUAAACUGGCCCGUUAUUUGGUAGCCAGGAUAUCCGAUUUUCACGAUUGGAAUUUUUCUGCUGUUUGUAUUGUCUUAAAAAAAUAUGUUCCAAAAGAUAAUGAAGAACUUUUGUUAUUUCUGAAUGCUCUUGAUCAGAGCCUUUUGGAGUCUAAGCCCAUUAUUUUUUUAUUGGCUGCUGAUCUCGCACUUUACUAUGUUAGUCAACUGAAUGAGAAGUUUUCCAAAGAUAUUAUUAAACAGAUAACACCUCAAUUGAAAUUACUUAUUAAUCAUUCUAGCUCGGAAAUGUUGGGUGAGGUUUUAGAAAUCAUUGAGAAAUAUUUGCCUGAUCAUAAAGAAUCAUUUUCUUCAUUUUAUUCUCUGUUUCUGUGUUGCUUCUGUGAUACACCAAACGUGAAGAUUAAAAAACUACGAAUAAUUGUACAUUUUGCAAAUGAUUCUAACUCUUGUGAUAUAGCUGAAGAAUUACUGAUGCAUUGCACGAACAAUGUUGAAGAAGUUUCUGUUCAAGCCGUUCAGAGCUUCAUAGCACUUGUACAGUUACAGUUACGUGUUAUUCCACAGGCUUUGAUGAACACUUUUGUUCAACUGUUGGACAUUCAAGAUUCGAUCCUGAGUGAAGAAAUUUUAAAUGCUUUAUCUUCUGUAAAUCUCAAUGAGGUUGUAGAGUUCAAAGAAAUGCUAUUGCCAUUACUAUCAAAGUACUCAAAUGAUGUUCUUUCUUUCAAAGGUAAACACUCUCUUCUAAAAAUUAUUAAAGACUACGGAAGUGAAAUUGCUAAUGCACCGUACAUUAUUGAACAAUUUGUGAAUGAUAUGGAUUGUAUUGAAAGUGAAAGUCUUAUGAUAGCAUUGAUGAAAGCUUCUGUAAAAUUGUUUUUGGAACGACCUCAAGAAAUGCAACUACUUUUAGGACAAAUUCUUCAAUUUGCUCAAGAAUCAAAUUGUUUACUGCUAAGGAAGCGAAGUGCUAUCUAUUAUUACCUUCUGCAAGAGUUUUCGAAAACAGACGCGCCACUUGAAAGUAGUAAACAUUUCAAAGAUAUGUUUGAAAAACUAGACAACUUGUAUAUUAGGUAACAAUAACCAUACCUAAUAAUAUUGUUUUUAGGAACAUAUUACACAGCAUUUCAAUUUAGUGUACACUCAAACCUGUUUUUGUGCGGUCUUUUUUUUUGGCGGUAUAUUGUUACCUCAGAGCAACAGUAGGAUAUCUUAGUGUUAUUUCUGGGAUUAGAUGUCUUACUGUUGCUCUGAGACGGUAAUAUGAAAAUUUCAAUCAGAUUGGCACUCAAUUGACAAAAUUAUUUAUAAAACAAGUUGUGAGGUAGUAUCUUCAAGUGACAGCAGGGGUACCCCAAAGGAGGUCACUGUGACCUCCUGAAACUUUCCUUAUUAAAGAAAUUUUGUCUGACUAUUUGGACAUCAUCACUUGGUUUACUUUGAUUUCGUUUAAAGAAGCAAUUCCUAGUUAUUUUGUAAGUUUUUGGGUUAUUUUCUACGUGAGCCUUUUUUUAUGCGAUCUUACCCACUGCAUAAAAAGAAAUCAUUUUUUAACUGCAUUGCAAAAACAACUUUUUAUAGCAACUUGUUAAGUUCCAAGCGUUUUUUUUUGUCCCUAUCCACCGCACAAAAACAGGUUGGUUCGGGUGUAUUACCUUUGCCUAUAAAAUAUUUUACCUUACCUUCACCACCCCAAAUUUAUUUUAUUGUGUAUUUAUUUUGAAUAUUGUUAGGCAUAACAUACAAAAUAGUCAAUUUUUUUGCAGGAGGAAAAUGUUGAAAACUGUUUAUGAAUGAUUCGAAAAAAUAUGGAAUUUAAAAAUAAUAAUAAUUUGGGUAUUAAAACACAAAGCUCAAAAGGUGUUUGAUCUAAAAUACCUAAACAAUUUUAAAAGUAAUAUCAUCAUUAAAUUGCUUUGUUUGUGCCCUUUUAAAUGCUUUUGUACUCAUAAAAUUACGAGUGGAAUUUUCAUAAGAGAGUACUUAUGCUUGUUGUAUGACUCAUUUUUUUUUUAGUUACCCAAUUACUGCUUUUGUAUCUUAAGGUAAAUAAAUUAUCUUCUAGCCAUUGCAUACAGAGCUUCUUA